AUGUCCUGCACGUGUAGAUUUAUGGCAGCGGUGGCAGCACAGAUGCAAUCCUCAUGGGAGAAAAAGCGAAGAGAGAAAGAAUCCAAGUUUGUCCGUCACGCCAAAGAAGAGCUUGAUAAAUGCCUCUUGGCGAGAAUCGAGGAGUACACUGCUGCUGUUACCGAAAUAAAUGGCGCAUACGACAAGUUCGUGUUCGAGUAUGCUCAGGUUGAAGACCACAUUCGCAAAUUGUGGCUCGAGCUACAACAGGAACAACAGGCGCUCUUGGUAACGUCGGAGAAGAGGCACAAGCUCGCCGUAGCACGGGAAGGAGAGCGGGAGAAGGGGCAAGUAAAGGGAAUGGCCAUGGCCAAGAAAGCAGUUCAAGCGGGGUCGGGAGGCGCCGGAAGAAUGACGCCACACAAAGACCUGCGAGACAGAGAGCGAAUACCAGCACUUUCUCAUUUAGUCCCUGGUUACGCAAAGUCUCUCGCCAGUGCACUUGGCACCCUCGGUGCGCAUGCCCCUCUCCCUCGUCUUGCUACACUCCAGCCUAUCCUUGCAACUCUAUGCUCGUCCGAGUCCCCCGCACCAUUGCAGGCAGCCGGAUUCGAGAUCCUCUCUGCCUUCCUCGAUGGACCCGAGCUUUGGGAUUCUCGCACAAAAGCGUUGGGCGCGCUUGUAAACUCCGGCUCCCAGACGAUCGGAAUGGAGAGUCAGAUACUGUGCCUGCUCGCGAGCUGGAUAGAGCGUGCCUUCGACGGCUUCGCGCUCACGAGAUCCGACACCAACACGCACGAGGACAGACUUGCCCGUCAGCGUAGCGUCGAGACCCUUACCGCGCUCCUUAUCCGCCUCGUCAGCAAGCCAGAGGUGGUAUCACGGAUCACCGAGGACGACACUCGGACAAUCGUGGAGCUCUGGGAGAGGCUUUUGGACAAGGCUCUAUCUAUCCCUCCUGACUUCACGCUCGGUACGCCCUCUGCUUCCCCUCUUCUUGAACCCCAGUCUUCCAAAACGAUCACACCGCCGAAGCUGCCUCUCUCGCACCGGCGGCAUCAUUCCUCUACCUCCCUCCCUAAACUUUCGCUCCUGAAGCAGCCUGCUGACAUCAUCGUGGACGCCUACAUGACCUAUCUUUCGGAGCGACUUGUUGCCCUUGGGCCUAUCUAUCUAUCCAGAAUCCUACCCCUUCUUCUCCGUUCACUUGCUUUCUACAUGUCACCAUUACCUCGCGUUUCUCUGGAGGCCGGUGCUCCUCAUCAACACACCCUCGAGCAACAAGUCUGGACUCUCUUGAACCAGCUGGUUACGGGACCCUACGCCUCGUCAAGUAGACAGCUAUUGAAGCGUCAUCUAUUCCCGUCUCCUGAGCUAGACUUUCAUGCUUCCGCCCAAGUGUCGUUGGGUGCGCUCCGCGCUAUCCGGAUGUGCAUCAGGGAAGCGCUCCAGAGUCGCCUGGCGCGCGCCUUGAUUACCCUCACCACGUCGAUGGACUACUCUCCUGCAGGCGCCCCAACGCAUCUCGCGGUAGAGCGAACGAUAAUGGAGCGUGCCUGGGGAAAGGACGACUCCGAGGCUUGGGAGCUCAUCCGCUUCGCGAAUGUGCUUUCGCGCGCGUCAAGAGCAUGGAUAGCUCAACUGCCCGACCCGAGUUCCGCAGAUAGGUCACAGCAGCAGAAGGAGGCCGUUCUGCAUGAGAUUGCUGCUAUCAUCAAAGACACCAUACAGACCAUCGCCCUGCACCAAGAAAUGGACGAGCGUGGCGGCAACGUAGACGUCGACGACGAAGAGAUCGAGGCGGUAGGCAGAAUCACCCGAGAGCUGGUCGUGUACAUUCGGUCGCUCAAGCAACCCGAUGGGUCCCCUGCGCAAAUCUCACUGGACAACCCGGAUCGCUCAAUAUCCUUCCUCUCUACGAUGUCCACCAUCCUCGCGCAGGACCUCAAGACUACACUUCUGUUCCCCGUACUUCCGUCCAUCAUUCUAUCAAUUGCCGACCACCUUCCUGAUCGCGAUCUCUCUCAUCUACUCGUGACCAUGGCAGACCGCCAGUGCUUAUCGCCUACAGCACUUACAUGGCUCGAGCAUUGGAGGAGUAUCCUGACGAUGCCUGAUCUCUUCGCAUCUUCUCGGUCAUCGACGCGUCAGCACGCCAUGGGGCAUCUUCAGGCCGUCUGGCAAUUCGUCAAGGAUAUCCCUGCGUAUCGGAAACCACUCGCAUCAUUGGUUUUUGAGAUAUGGAAGCAGCAUACGGGCGACGAGCUCGAGGAUAACCCCGCUUUGGUCGUUUGGAACGUCCUUGCUGACGAGGCCGUUCUCCGUCUCGUCGAAAAACAUGCAGAAGACUCCAGUGUCGAAGCAUGCGAGGAGGAAGAACAGGUUUGCGAAGAGAUUCUCGAUUUCUUCCUCACGAUGGCGCACGAGCUCAGGCUGGACGACGAAGAUGAUGCAGCGUCGAUACUGACGAUGGAGUCCUCUGCGGCAUCUCCACCUGCAAUACCUGGGCCGACGAAUAUCGCGACCACCUCACCCAUCUUGUCUCGGAUGUCCUCCGACUACCCUUCUCCGCAGCGGGAAAAAGAAGCCGGCGCAUUGCCAUCCUUCUCCAAUCUCCUAUCACAGUUCACGUCGGGCACGCGUUCCCAUUCUAAGACUCGUCGAGCUACCAACGACAUGCCCACCCCAGUCGAAAUGCCGUCCCCCGCCCUUACUGCUGUCGACGUUGCCCCUUCGACGCCCAGGUCCGUGGGCGCCGUCAUUGCCCUGAUCUCUGUCUUCAGCCAGCUCGUCUUCACCCCUCUCGCCCACUCCGCUCAUAUACUAUGGCACGCAAGGCGCGUAUUCCGGCAGCUCGUGGAGCUCGUCACGGCCGCAGGGUGCAUCCGCGCGCGACUAACGGCGCUCCAAUUCCUCGUGCGUUUGCGUGCGGACCGUGAUCACAGAGUGUACUUCGCAAAGGCCGAGUAUGACAAGGAUGGGAACAUCGCCUCCCUUGCUGCACUGAUCAGUCGUGCGGAGACUGGGCCUGGGACAGUGGAAGACCUACUCCGUGACGAUGAUCUUAGGCGCGCCCGUGCCCGCGUGCCACAGGAGCGCGAUGGACGCCGACUUUCCAGGGGUCGCGGCCAGCCACGCAUGGAGGCGAGUAGGAGCCGUUCACGGGUGCCUACGCGUCCCAUCCCGACGCCGAUGCUCAAGCUGAGGGCACGCGACCCGAUGUGGUCAAUUCCAGAGACGCUCUCGUUCACUGUGGCCGCUUCGGACGUCUCGAGUGAAGGUUUCAUGUCGUACGACCCUUCUCGUCCGGAUCAUGUUGAUUCGAUCCUUCAGUCAUCGCUUUAUCUCGCAAAGCUCGUGGAGGUCAUCGAGACCGAGAGGGAGUGGGAAAUUCUGUCCUAUGUGCUCUGCCAUCUCCCGACGCAGCUCGCGAACAAGCACCUUUUCUGCGGCCCGCGGUCCAAGAAGCUCAUCGGAAAACUUCUCGCAGCUCUUUGUUCAGGCAUUUCAGAGGGGUCGCUCGCGAAGCAGAUCGAGCGCUGGCCCGACGGUAUCAUCUCUCGCGAUGCGCAGGGGCUCGCGUUCCACACGCUCACGGUGCUCAUCAGCUACCAGCGGUGUUUCGACUCGCCGCAGCCUCUCCAUCAGCUUGUUGAAGUAUUCCUCCUCGGGCUCAGUGGCCAGCCGUCCACGCAGAAGUGCUGCUUGAACGCCCUUUCUCUCUCGGCCUUCGAGCUGCAGUCGUCCAUGGCGAAGUACCUUUCCCGCAUCAUGGAGAAGCUAUCCCAGAUCAUGUCGAACCCUGCCAUGGCAGUCCACAUCAUUGACUUCCUUGCGAUCGUCGGCUCGCGACCCAGCUUGUUCGUGAACUUCACCGAAAACGACUACAAGAUGGUGUUCGCCGUUGCACUCAAGUACCUCGAGCACCACAAUCGCAGGGACGGUUCGCUCGCCAUCUCAUGGGCGCUCUCUCAGCAUGUUCGAAUCAUGUCGUACUAUAUCAUGUACGUGUGGUUCCUCGCCAUCGACAUACCCGAUCGUCAGAAGCAUGUCAGCUACAUCAUUCGGCAGCUGCUCCUCGCCAACGGCGGGAAGGUCGAAGUAGAUGCUCCUACGGAGGUUGCAUUCGACUGGCUUGCCAGGUACACCUAUGCCAGCGCGGAUCCGCGACCUGCCAAAUCGACGCUCUGCGAGAUAGUGAUGAACCCCACGCUCCAUUCAAGGAGUAGUGAACCCGCGACCAGCGAGAAGACGUGGGUACUAGGCAACUCUGUCGUCACUAUUCGUGUACUGGAACGGCGGGGGUGGAUCGAGGUGCUUUCCAGGAGAGCCUCGGGAUUGACGAAGUUCUUAGUUCGCGCAGAGAACGUUCCGAUGAUACCUUUGGGCGACGUCGACCCUGACCUCGUCUCCGUAUCUGCUAUGCUCAUGAUGGACAGAGAGAACGACGGGGAGGUUGCUGGCGAUGAGACGCCUCACGAGCUCAAUGGACACGGCCAACCGAAUUUGGACGAUGUGAAACUCGCACUCGCCAAGUCGGCGCAAGGAUCACACAGUAUCCCGCCACCAGAUCCCAUCACAGGCUACGUCUGGAGUCGCAGCGCCCCCUCCCAAAGGCGAAAAGAGGUGUCCGUCGAGCCCAGCUACUUCGCGCUUCAGCUAUCUGCGUACCCAGACAAGCAGCCUGUCAAUCGAGGACGUCUAGUGACGGAACGGUCCAAGCUCGCCAGCUUCUUCCGCACCUUCGACAGGAUGCCUGUGAUCGACACGCACAAGGUUGGUGUCAUGUAUGUUGCACCCGGCCAAGAACACGAGACAGAAAUUCUACGGAACACUCAUGGCUCCCCGGCAUACACUCGUUUCCUCGAAGGUCUUGGGCGACUUAUCUACUUGCGUGGUCAAGUCGACGUUUACGAUGGCGGACUGGAUCCUGACGUCGAUGGCGAGUACGCCUACGCAUGGUGGGACGACAUAGGCCAGAUCCUCUUCCACACUGCAACACUCAUGCCCACAGGCGAUGACCCGAACUGCACUAGCAAAAAGGCCCACAUCGGGAAUGACUAUGUCCGGAUUGUCUGGAACGAUUCGGGCAAGCCAUAUCGGUUCGACACGCUCGCCACGCAGUUCCAGUUUGUGAACAUUGUUAUCGAGCCACACUCGCGCGGUGCGAUCGCGGCUUUCUCUAACAACAUCCAUGAGCACGAGUACUUCAAGGUGACUGUGCAGCGCGCCCCCAACAUGGUGGAGUUCACACCCAUCGGCGACUUCAAGCUUAUCUCUGCUACGAACCUUCCGCACCUCGUUCGACAGCUCAGUCUCCUUGCAGACUGGUUCAGCUCCGUCUGGCAAAGCACCGGCGGAGACACAAAGCGCGAUGAGGUCGUCACGAAUUGGGGCUCGCGUCUCGCCGCCAUCCAGCGGUUCCGCGACCAGGUCUUCCCCGCCGAACCUCCCCUAGAACCUGACGACACCCUGACUGGCCAGCAGCGGUUGCGCGACUUCACUGCGUACUACUAA